AUGUCUUUUAUCAAUGCUGCAAUUCAACAUGCAUAUCAUAAUAUCUGCACCAAGAAGGCAAAUUCUGGAGGUGCUGGUGAUAAGCUUUCAGCUGGCCUGAAGCAAAGUUCUGGAAGCUCCUGCCUCUGCUAUCAGUUCACACAUACUUAUGCAUUAAUAGGAAGUUUUGUAGUUGCAUCAGAGGAAAGGGAAGGUGGUAUGGAUACCAGUGAAGUCAGUGCUUGUCUGCCCUGCAAUGUGUAUGGUCUCAAAGAACUGUUCCUAAUAUUUAUCCAUAACUAUUGGAGUCUUACAGCGGAUCUUAUUGUUUCUCCCAUGCCCAGAAACGACAGUGGAAUCUUCGACGUUCGAAAGCAAAAGCACCUUCAGAACGGGGAGGUCCCAAAAACCCGAUUAAACAAUGUAGGGGGUGGCUGCCGUCACACCCAAGAUGCCAAGUUGCAGCGCGUUUGCUUCACUAAACCCUACGGGAUCAAAAAAAAAAUCAAGUUAAAGACAGGAUUCAUUCAAAGAACUGAGGGUUCCGUAACUCCCCUAAAUUUCCAUCAGUUUAAAUUUUUUAAGGUUCGCGAUACGUCUGGAAAACGACCCAUUCAAAAACCCCAUGAGUCCUGGAAUACGUCCAGGGAUGGGGCCCCCCGCCGGUUUUUGUCCCUGUGGGCGUGGGCGACCUGCGUAGGGUCGGCCUUGCUGGGCGUGGCGGCCGCGGACCUGCCUCCCCCCGAGAGACAGUACAACAUCCUGUUCCUCCUCCCGAUGUCCUCCACGAGCCACAGGAACAUUUUCAUGUCGGUUGCCGACGCCCUGGCAGAGCGGGGCCACAAGGUGAGGACUUGGGGGACUGGCGAGAGGUUUACCCCCGGGCCCGGGAGUGAAUUUUCCCCGACGUGUUCUCCCGCCCGGUGGGCGAUGCUGACAACCAUUGGGCCCUCGAGUCGAAGAAAGAGAACAUCACCCUCGUCUUCCACGGGGGUGCACGACUUCCGGCCGGAGGGGCUAUCAGUAGUUCAGAAAACCGAAAAUGUCCGGGAAACCACCCAAAUCCCACUCCGAGAAAUCUUGGCCCCAAGUAGAAGUUUUUUCAAAAGCCCCCAAGGUGAGGAACUUACGAAAAGGGGGAAGGAAUUCGACCUCAUCAUCGUCUUUUCCCCAUGGGUAACCCAGGUGGGAAUGGUUGGGGUGGAAAUUGGGGGCAUUCACUGCCGGCCCGGGAAGCCCCUCCCGCAGGAACUGGAGUCGUGGAUCUCUGGAGCCGGAGCUGCAGGAGUCGUGUACUUCAGUCUGGGCUCCACGAACCAGGGCACCGCCAUUCCCCGUCACUAUCGCGACAUUCUUCUUCAGGCAUUCAGGAGGAUCAACCAGCGAGUCCUGUGGAAGAAUGUGGAGGAGGUGGACGACGUUCCUGAAAAUGUACUGGUGAGAAAGUGGAUUCCUCAGCAGGACGUUCUCGCGCACCCAAACGUGAAGGUGUUCAUUAGCCACACCGGCUUGCUCAGCACGCAGGAGGCCGCCUACCACGCCACGCCCGUGCUCGCCCUGCCCAUCGCGGCGGACCAGCCCAGGAACGCAGACCAGAUCAAGAGCACCGGAUUUGGCCUGGUGAUCGAGUGGGAGGAGAUCACGGUCGACCUCGUCCUCGAGGCGCUGCGCGAGCUCAUCGACAACCCGAGAUACCGCCGGGGCGCCGCCGAGGUCUCGCGGGCGAUGCGCGACCAGCUGAUGUCGCCGAAGGACCGCGCCGUCUUCUGGACCGAGUACGUGAUCCGCCACAGAGGCGCCCCGAAGCUGAGGUGCCCCGCGGCGGACCUUUCGUGGGUCGAGUUCCUCAUGCUGGACGUCCUAGCGGCCCUCCUGCUGGGCGUCUGCGCCUCCUUCGUGCUCCUGAAGCGCCUCGCACGGUCGGUCUGGCGGGCCGUGGGGCGGCGGAGCAAAGACAUGGAGGAAUAGUUCCUGCUGCAACUGGAGGCGGGAUUAAAUCUAGGGGGACGCGGAGGGAAAUAACAAAGGAGAAAUAACAAAUAAGUUUCAAAUAACAAGGAAUAAAUAUAUGAAGAUAUUCUUUGAUACUGAGAUUUUAUGUAACGACUGGAACGUAAAUGUAGGUAUUUGGCUUCAAAGUUAACGGACCAUCCUCCACUGAUUGCGAUUUUCCUGUUGGGAUAAUUUGAUGCGCAAUGACUACAGUUAACUACACUAACACGGAAAUUAUUCUGUUUUAUUCUUGUAUUUGAUAUAUAACAGAUUUAGUGAGGCCUAUCUGUUCAUAAUUUUCAAAUUGUAAGCAUGUGUCUCUGUUUUCUAUUCUUUUUGGGGCCAGGGAAUGUAAGAGAUGCCAAAUCUAGACCAGAUUUUAUUACGAACGAUUUGAUUAGAUAAGGUUCUCUAACAAAACAGUAUUGGCACAAGGUCCUCUUUAUAGUUGAGCAUCUUUCAAAUUCGUUAGUAUGAUUCUACGACGAUCAUGAUACCAAUAAACAACGUUGCUUGUUUUUCUUUUGGGCGUAAAUUUUAUAGCUGAAGGAAUGUAGUUCCUGGUAAUAUGAUAAUGAAUAAGCUUCACAAAUUUUCCAUUGAGCACAAUAAUUAUAAUGAGCGAAUUACAUGAAAUACACAAAUCGCAAAUAUUCUUCCCGUUCCGUCUGUUCAUAAAUUCGCUUUAUUCCUACGCUGUUUUCCUCCUCUGUUAUAGGUUAUUAAGGAAAGAUGUGGAAAACGUUGGGAACGCUGAAAUCAGUUUCCUUGGUUGCAGUUUUUCCUUAACAUGCAAUAUUAGUCAAGGGGUUU